UUGGAGGACGCUUGUUGCUUGUCUCGUUGAGUCACAACGGGAGGGUGGAGAUGUGUUUUGUUUAUGUUUUGUAGGUAGGGAAAGACUAGGUGGAAAAUCACUCGAAGGAUCGAAUUGACAAGAUAUUCCACUAACAAAAAUGCACAAGUUAUACAUAUUUUACGCCGUUUUGGCUACAGUAUUCUCUGUUGGUAGUGGAGGUUGGAAUCCUUUCAAGCUCUAUUGUUAUCGUUGUGUUUCUACCCACCCAGGGUGUGGGGACAAAUUUAAUUGGUUAUGGUACUGGGGUGAAAUUUGCCCAGAACCUAAUGAUGUGUGUGUAAAGCUAAUAGAAAGAAAAGGAGUCGAGACUGUAAUCACAAGAGAUUGUCUUAGCUCACUGCGAAGUUUUCGAACUGACAUUCCUGCUGAUCAUUAUGAAGGGUGCCGUCCAGCUACAGUGGAUGUCCGCUUGGCAAAUUAUGUCAACAACUCCAUAAAAGAACUUGAUGUCAAACGGAACUAUUAUGAUGAGACAACUUGGUGCUUCUGUUACUUUGACAACAGAUGCAAUGGGGCCCCAGCAGCUGCAUCUUCGUGCACUACAAUCCUGUUUCUCAGCGCUUUCAUCUUUUGGCUGCUUCACUGACACAAUAAAUUCUAAUGCUUUUCUGAAAGCAUCUUUUAUACAUUUUUUAUUGUACAUGCUCCUAUACCUAAGAGUAUUAUGUAUCUGGCAUUGUUCUGCAUUGUGUGAAGAAAUGAAUAUCAGAUAUUCAAGAAAAGACAUAAUUUUUAGAAAUAUAACAAACCAUUCUGUAUUGGUUUUAGAACUAAGAUAACGCCCUAAGUAUUCUUAGUGGCUAAUGUUAAGAUAUUGUGAAAUAUGGUAUUAAAGAAUCUCAGAAUUUGCAAUGUGUACCUUCCACAUGGAGAAGUGAAAUAAAAUAUUAAAGUAUAUUGCAACAUUACUGCAAAACAUAACAUUCUGAAGUAAACAUGUAAAAGAAUUACAUGCGAUUGUUGAAGGUGUAGUCUUUGUUGCAUCAGUGCAUAUUGUGCCUGAAAAUGAAUGCUCAGGAGACCAGUAUGAAUGGUUAAGGUAUUUGUAAGAAAAGUGGUACAUCAUAAAUGUUUAUUACAGUUAGAUAAUGAAUAAUGUACAUUGUUAUUAAUAUUGCUUAUGUAUCCGUCCAUUUUUAAUUCUGUAUUAUACAAAUCAGGUCGUAUUUAUUGUCCUUUUAUAAGAUGACGAUGUACAUGUAUGGAUGUAUGGGCAGUGUUUGUACUCUAUAAAAAAUUGCAAAAAAUAAAGGUAAGAGUUGAUAUACUGUCAUGAAACAGAGGCAGAUUUAGUAUAUUGUCAUAGUGCACUGCAGCCUGCAUAGGUAGUGUAACUGAAUUUGCAUCACAUAUUUGCACAGUUUGAAAGGAAAAAGGGUUCUCUAUCUUAGAAUAGAGAUAAAUUUAGUGAACAGAAGGGAUCACAUUCAACUGACAAUAAUGUUAGCAGUGUUAUUGAGAAGAAAAUACAAGUUAUUAAGCUUCUAAAAUAGUUCAGUCCUCCAAGACAGGCAAAAUUAUAAGAGGGAAUGUAGCCAGUUUUUGAAAGUUUAAAGUAGAGUAGAAUUAAAUUUACAUCAGUUCUUUCUCAGUAAAUAAGUGUCCUCCUUGAUGUGGAAUAUCAGUUUGCAUGUUUGUGGUCUCUUUUGUGUUUUUCUGCUAAAGAUCAGAGUUAUCAGCAUUGUUUAUUGUGGAACAUGUUUCCAUGUUUUAUUUAUAAAUUUUGUUGAAAUCAAAUCGAGUUGUAAAAUUAUGACGUGCAUAUACCUGUAAAAAAUUGAAUUUAUUUGAAUUUUAAGGACUUUGUUCUUAAUCGCCAUAUUUUGAUUCUAUACAAAAGUUAUCAUUUUUAUUGUUACAAAGAUUUUAGUGUUUUUCAUCAUAAUGUAAAAAUAUUACUACCAUUUUUACGGAGACAUGGUUUUUUAUGAACAAUGGAUUUGAUAUCAGCUUUUGAUACUCCCUUUGACCAUAUAGUUGAAACUGUGAAACAUUGUUUGCAAAGUUGACAUUUUAGUGUUAUGGCCUCCAGCGAUUGAAGUCAAAUCAAGUUGUUGCUCUGUACAUUCAGAAAAAUAGUGUAAUGAAGGGAACAAUUGCAGGCAUUGUUAAUGUUAAACUACACUUUGAAAAUGUAUGACUUUGCAUUUAGAUCCCUACUUUAUACUUGUCUCCGUCCAUUAUAUAUAAAUACAAAUUUUAUGAACUGACUACUUGCAUACUUUUAUAUUUUGUUAUCAUUACAUUGUAUGUAAUCCUCCAGGUAGCAAACUUUUUGUGUUAUUAAAGGUUGUUACUUGCCUAUUACAAAAUUUGUAGAGUGCUGUAGUGAUUAAUAUACAGGUAACAUGGAGCUUCAUUUUUUGUUAGUGUUAUAGGUAGUGUGUGCAUGUAAGAGUCCAAAUGACACUGCACCACAAAUUUGUUAGAAAGUAACUGUUGAAAUUACUAUGUGAAUGAACUGAUAAUUUAUUUGUAUUGUCAUUUUUGAAAUUUGUAUGACCAUGCAGUUGUCUUAAAUUUUACUUACAGAAUUGAUUAUUUAGUUUUGUAUUUUUCUGGCUGUGAAAAUCACCUCUCACAAACCAGUUACUGGAACAGUCAUCACAAAUUCUCAUAGUAGGCUACCACUAAAUUAUUUUUGAGAAAAGCUUAUUUAUUAGAACUAUCUUCGAUUUUACGUGCUGUCUUUUUUUAUUUUUUUGCUAUUGCCCUUCAACUUCCAUUUCUUCCUCUCAAGUAUUAAUCAUUGCAUGCCUUUUACAUAUAGUGCCACCAGUAGCCUUUGUUACAUACAAAAAUCCUUUUUGGCUUUUGCUCUUUGACCUUUGAAAUAUUCUGACCAUCAAAACUGACUGCAAUGCACACACAGUUUUAGGUCCAUUUUAAAGGCUACUGUGAAGAACUGAAGGAGAAAGCUUCACACCACAUGCAAACUUCCGUUGGAAGUUGUGUGGAGAAAUAACUUCAGCCCAUGCAGUGUAGUUGUGAGAUAAAAGGGUACCUUAUUACAAAGGUGAAAGUGACAAAAAGGCACUCAUUUGACAACACAAACAGUUGCAAUACAGAGUAACUAAACACAUGAUUGAUUAUUGGUUACUACUGCUCUACAGAAUUGUAGUAAAGAUUAGGUGCCCAAGAGUCUUCCAUCAAUUGAAACCUAGAGAGUGAAUGCAUCAAGAAAAAGGGCAUGUAAUGCAGUUGUGAAAGCCUCCCUUAUACUAAUGGUAUAUUGUUUCUUUUCUCCCUUAUCUUUUCUGUCUAAUAGUUCUUCCUUCUGUGUAUUGUCAAAGCACAUAACUUUUUAACACCUGCACAUUGUGCCACUUUUGAAUAAAUGAACAGUUUAGAAACUCCUAAUUGAAAUGCUGUUUGAUAAGUUUCCUUUCCAAGAGGUUGGUUUUUUUCCCUGCACACAACCCCUUAUUUCAGCCAUCUGCUGUAAAUUUGUUUUUGCAUUGCAGAAUCCUUGGACUACUAGGGAUCACCUUGGCUCCUGUUCCUUGUAUUUAUUUGUUUAUUAUUAUUUUUAUUACAUUUACCACAUUACAUUAUUAUCUGUUGAAAAAAAAAUCUGCUGAAGUAAAAUAUUUGCACCAUGUCAACAAAACAGUUUUUAAUUAUACUUAAAAGUGUGAAGUAAAAAGAAGUCAUCAUUACGUAAGGUGACAGGCUAACAAACUGAAGCAGCUGUCAAAUUUUGAACUAUCAAAUUACAUAUUUUGUAAUCACAUCCAUCACAGAAGUCAGUCUCACAAUAGACAGGUAUGGAGAAAUAUAUUCUUGGUGACUAGUAACUUGUUUUUCACAGCCAGAUUAUUUGUGUUUACAGAUUACUCAGGUAUAUGUAGAAAUACCUUUUGUAGUAUUUUUUUUAUUAUUUUUAUAAGAUAUGUACCUGGUGAUUAGGCAAAUGUAUGUUUUGCUUGUGGAAUGAAGUGCCUUAUCUGGAACACUGUCCAUAAAAAUUAACUUUUGGUCCACAUUUUGGACAUUUUGCGAAUAAUAAAACUUAUGUUUUCAACAUU